UUUUUUUCCCUUAUUCUUAAAAAUGGUUAAUUUUCUUUUAUUUUUCUCUCUAUUUUUGAUUUUUGCCUACGACUACAAAUGCAAAAGGAUUAAUUUUCUUUUAUUUUUUUAUUUCGUUCGUUUGACUGACCGAUGUGUGUCCGUGUUUUAACUGACCGAGUUCGUCCGUGUUUGUCUGUUCGAGUUCGUCCGUGUUUUAUGUCCGGGUUCGUCCGAUUAUCAUAUAUCACAUUAGCACUUGAUCUCUCCUUUGCUUGUACUAAUUAUGACUUUUCGGGUAUUGUAAAUGAUGAGACUUUGGAUGAGGGCAAUAAUGUCCAAAUACCUACAAAAUGGCGACCAGUUUUGGUAGAAAAACAAGUUGUUACAAUGUUUUUUGAUCUCUAUUUUGUUUUGCCUGAACAAAUUAUUUCUAAAGCUUUUUUAACUUUGGUCCAAUUAGUCUCCAUCCGCCGUCUACUCUUCGAUGGUGUUGAUCGUCUCAAAUUUUUGGAUUCUUUUAUUUGCGGGUUAAAAAGGGUGCUGGAAAGUCCACAAAAGUUGAGCUAUCCGGACAAUUUCCAUCAAUUUUGCCGUAUUUUAAGCCGUUUAAAGGCCAACUAUCAAGUCUCAGAAUUAGUUAAAUGUGGAGAUCAAUUUAAUAAUUUGUUGGAAUUAUUAACAUUAUUUACUCAACAAAGUCUUCAAAUGUCUCAUUUAUUUACUCAAAGCAGCAUUUUUUAUUUAAUGUCUUUUUGGAGUAGAAUGGCUGGUUCGCUUACUUAUGCGAGGGUUGAUGUUGAUUUGAUUUCGGCUGCUAUCCCAAAAGUAUGUUCUGCCUUUAUCCGUUCAAGAGUAUUGCUAUCUGAAAAUGUCGUUAGAGGAAAUAUUGAAGACCCUCUCGAAGAUUUGGGUUCAGUUAAGCAAUUAAUGGAACUUUUUACUGUUAUAUCCCGAAGUGACUAUAAAACAUCUGUUGAAGAGUUGGUCAGAAAUUUUGAAGAAAGUUUGGGUGUUUUGUUUAGACAGGGAGUUAGUAAUCAGGAUCAGUUAAUAGCCAGAAAACAAUUAAUUUGGCUAAUUACAAUGAUGGCUGCUGGUAUAAAUGGGAAAGGUUCUGCAGGUUAUGGGGAUGAUGAAGAUGUGUAUGAUGGAGAAGUUGUGUUUAGAGUUUGGAAGACAAUGCAAAUGACUGACCAACGCUUAGAAAGUCAACAACCCGGUGCUGUUGAUAUUCAAUUAGAAUUUGCUUAUAUUUAUUUAAUGGAUGAAUUUAGAAGAACUUGUAUUACAGACCAAGCAGUACGGGAAAGUAAACUUUAUGAAAAACUUGCUCCUUUGGGAAUUAACGAUGAAGUUGGUGUUUUGAGGUUUUUUGCUCAGAAAAUAAUAACAAAUUUAAAAUAUUGGGGAAAAGAUGAAAGAAUAUUAAAUUCAACAUUAGCACUUUUAAAUGAUUUAACUGCUGGUUAUUCAAAUAUUCGACGUUUAUUAAAAACACAAGAAAUUCAAUUAUUGUUGAGGAAUCAUGCUGUUUUUGAUUUUGUUGCUACUAACGAGGAUAUUUCUAUAAUGCGUUCUAGAACAAAUUUUUAUUCGUCUUUGAUGCGUUUAGUUAAUAUUGAAUUGGAGGAAGAGCCAGCCUUUUUUGAUGUAUUUAUGGCUCCGAUUACAGUUAAAUUCAAAGAAAUUUCUGCAAUAUUUCAAAAUGGCAAUAUAUCCUCUUCUGUUAAUGAAACUCAAAUUCGAAUGGCUGUUAUCGGAUUUAUGCGUGAUUUGCGAGGAAUUUCUGCAUCUUGCACCCGAAAACAAUUUUAUUUGAAUUUUUUGUUAUGGUGUUUUUCCAAUGGUGAUUCAAAUGUUUCCAAUUUAUUUUCGGUAAUGCAAGAAUCAAUAAAACUCUGGAUUGACAAUGCUGAUGUUGUUACACCAAUUUUAAAAUUGUUGGCAGAAUUAGUAAUGAAUAGACAAUCGAGACUACAAUAUGAUAUGCAAAGUUGUAUGGCUGUUGUUUUGUUUAGAAAUAUUGCUAAAGUUAUUUGUGAAUAUGGUACUAGAUUGCUUUCAUUACCUCCAGUUCCAAAAGAACACCAUUACAAACAACGUAUUAAAAACACUGGUGUUUGUUGUCAAAUAAUUAAAAAUGUUUUGGCUGGGAAUUAUUUACCUUUUGGUGUUUUUUAUAUUUAUGGAGAUACUUGUAUGACUGAUACUUUGGAUAUUACUUUUAAAUUAUUUUAUAAAUUACAAGAAGAAAAUUUUUUGGUUUAUCCUAAAUUGACCCAAGCAGUUUAUGGUUUUCUAGACAUUGUGACUAAGGACUGCACGGCAUACAUUUCAAAAAUGGAAGAAAUUUAUUUUAUUGCAAUAUUUCGAGCUAUUCAUCGCGGUAUUUGUUCUGUAGACACAACAGCAAUUUCAACAAGUUGUUCAAUUCUUGAUCAAGUCAUUACUUAUGUUUUUGAACAAUUAACACAACAACCGGGAACAACAAGCAUGAUACAAUUAUAUAGGGAGCCAGAAGGUGAUAGAUGGAGAACGGCUUUUGAGAAACAGCCAAAUGUUUUGUAUGAGAUGCUUGUUUCAAUUCUUUCCCAAAUAUUGUUUGAAGAAGUAAAAUGUCAAUGGUCAAUGUCUCGUCCACUACUUGGCUUAAUUAUUUUAACAAGAGAGUCUGGCCGUUUUGAUGAAUGUAAAAGAGAAUUUCUUCGUCAACAACCAGAAAAUUAUCAGAUGGAAUUGGAUAAGGCAUUUACUCGCCUUAUGGAUGGAAUAGCCAAAAAUGUGACUUUAAAAAACAAAGAUAAUUUUACUCAAAAUCUGAGCACAUUUCGUAAAGAGGUUGAUAUAAUCCUUAGAGGUGGAACUGUUGUUUCUUCUUCUACAGAUAUUCCGGUAACUACAAGUAUAGGUUCUGAACAAGAAUAUACGGAUAAUAUGACUGAUUAA